AUGUCAGCAUCUGAAUUGCUACCAGGGAGUGGCGGCAGGCUCCAUGAAAGCGAGGCUAACAAGGCGAUCAACGAAGAGGAUACUGAACUAACCUUUGAGGGAUUCGAAAAAGAGGUUCCUGUAGACCCUCUUCUAGCUCUUUUGUAUGCACGGCACACACUGACCUCACCGUAUUCUACAUCAGAGGAACGGCAAGCGGCCAUGUCAGCAAUGAAUAAGGAGAUGCUAGAGCACAACAUGGCCCCAUACCUGCGUAUUGUGCGAGAAGCCUUGGAGUUGACCCUGGACGAGGCCAAACUUCAGGAGAUGGACGCCAUCAACACCGCAAAGGUGGAGGCUAUCGACGCGAAGCUGAGGGAUGCCCAAGAAAAUCUUGGUGAUACAGAAGUACGGGAUGUGUUACAGGCCAAAUGUGACCACUACGCUCGCAUCGGAGAUUUUGAGGCGUGCCUUAAAUUCAAUGAAGAAUGUGCGGCCAAGACGCUUGCGGUAGGUCGUAAACUGGACCUGUACUUUCAGCGAAUUCGUCUCGGAAUUGCUUUCUCUGAUAACGAAGUCGCAGCCAAAGGCAUCCGAGAUGCGCAUCGUCUAAUGAUAGGUGGUGACUGGGAGCGGCGCAAUCGCCUGAAGGUGUAUGAAGGCGUUUACCAUGUAAUGGUUCGCGACUUUCGUCGCGGUUCAGAGCUUUUGCUUGACUGUAUCACUACUUUUGCUUCUGGUGAGCUGAUCUCUUUUAAAGACUUUAUUUUUAUUACCGUGAUUGCCAGCUUGCCAGUACUUAGUCGUUCAGAGCUGAAGAGGCGCAUCAUAGACAGCCCUGAGGUAAUCAGUGCGGAUUUGCCAGAACUUUGUGAUUUUGUGAAUGCGAUCCAUGCCUGUAGGUAUCGAGACGUUUUUCCCGCCUUGGAUGUGGUCUGCCAGAAGCAGCGACUUAUUGUCUAUGUGUCGCCACACGUGAAUUACUUUUUUCGAAAAACUCGUGUUCUGGUUUUUACCCAAUUUUUAGACUCAUACAGCAGUGUGACCCUACAGUCCAUGGCAUCUACCUUUGGGAUUCCCUUGCCGGUGUUGGAUCAGAUGCUUUGCACCUUGAUUGCUAACGAAAGCAUUGCUUGCAAAAUGGAUCGGGUGAACAAUAGCAUCACAACUUACCGUGGCAAUACCACAAAUUUUGACUAUCACAACAUCAUAAAGAAUGGUGAUUUACUUCUUAAUCGUAUCCAGAAACUAUCCAGGCUGGUGGAGAUGUAA